AUGGCGGGGGUCACAGCGCUAAUGCGGAAAACUCAAGACUAUGUGAAGACCAAGGAGUUCCGGGAUUACAUUACCAGCACCCACUUCUGGGGUCCUGUGGCCAACUGGGGCCUUCCACUGGCCGCCUUCAAGGAUAUGAAGGCAGCUCCUGACAUCAGCAGCAGCCGCAUGACCACAGCGCUCAUCUUCUACUCCAUGGCUUUCAUGCGCUUUGCCUACCGGGUCCAGCCUCGAAAUUACCUGCUGUUGGCAUGCCAUCUCACCAACAUUGUGGCGCAGAGCAUUCAGGGGAGCCGUUACCUUAAGUACCACUACGGUGGUGGCGCCAAGGCCAGCAACCCUCCGGCCAAAUAA